AUGUCUGCUUCCAUACCGGGAGACCGCGAGCUCCCCGACUCGCAGUAUGACCUGAGCACCUACUGGGGCCGGGUGAGGCAUACGGCAGGCAUCACAGACCCGAGGACGUUGCUGGUCGGCAAGACGGGCCUCGAGCAGGCAAAGGAGGCCAUCAAGGCUUACAAGCAGGGCAAGGUCAAGGAGAUGACCCCGGAGCUGUGGAGGGCAAAGAAGGUCGUCGAUGCGACGCUGCACCCGGAUACCGGCAAGCCCGUCCUGCUGCCCUUCCGGAUGUCCUGCUUCGUCCUGUCCAACCUGGUCGUCACGGCAGGAAUGCUGACGCCAGGCCUCGGCACCACCGGCACCAUCCUCUGGCAGGUCGCCAACCAGUCCCUCAACGUCGCCAUCAACAACGCCAACGCCAACAAGUCCUCCCCGCUGUCCUGGGGCAAGGUCGCCCAGUCCUACUUCCUCGCCGUCGGCGCCUCGUGCUCCGUCGCCGUCGGCCUCAACAGCCUCGUCCCGCGCCUCCGCCGCCUCUCGCCCUCGACCCGCCUCGUCCUCGGCCGCCUCGUGCCCUUCGCCGCCGUCGCCUCGGCCGGCGCGCUCAACGUCUUCCUCAUGCGCGGCGAGGAGAUGCGCACGGGCAUCGACGUCUACCCCGUGCUCUCCGAGGCCGACAAGCGCCGGCUCGCCGCCGAGGGCCGCGCCGAGUCGGACGUCGCGAGCCUCGGCAGGAGCCGCAAGGCCGCCACCCUGGCCGUCGGCGAGACGGCGCUGUCGCGCGUGCUCAACAGCUCGCCCAUCAUGGUCAUCCCGCCGCUCGUGCUCGUGCGCCUGCAGCGCGCCGAGUGGCUGCGCCGCAACCCGCGCCUCACGCUGCCGCUCAACCUCGGCCUCAUCCUGGCCACGAGCUACGCCGUGCUGCCGCUGGCGCUGGCGGCGUUCCCGCAGCGGCAGCGCAUCGCCGCCGACAGCCUCGAGGAGGAGUUCCACGGCAAGGGAGGCGACGGCGGCAUGGUGGUGUUCAACAGGGGUAUAUAG